GCCAGUCGCCUGGGACCCUCCAACAAAAGAGGGAGCCCCGACAGCGAGAUCGACGCGCACCGCGCACGCGGCCCGGACUGCGCCGCCCGGCGGGUCGCCCUCUUCGCGCAGACGAUGGAGCGUGGGGCAUUGGAUCCUGGCCGUCAGCUGCCUUUGCCAUCUGCAUCAACCUGCCAGCUUGUGUUUAAUGGCGAGCGGAAGGUACAAACCUUGGAGCCGUCUGCGUGGGCCGGGGCCGGGGCUGAAGCCAUGGACCACCUGAUGGACUCUCACAGUGCCCGGCUGCUGCGUCUGGAAAGGAGGAUGGCGGCCGCUGAGCAGAGAUGGGUUGGCUGUGAGCAAAGGGUGGCAGAGAUGGGCAACCAGCUGGAGAGCAAACUCGCCACGCUUGGGACCCUGUUUGAGGAGAACAGCCUCCUCCAGCAGAGACUGGAGAACCUGGAGAACCUGCUGAAGAACCGGAACUUCUGGAUCUUGAGGCUCCCUCCAGGUGUUAAAGGAGAAACCCCGAAGGUGCCGGUGACCUUCAGCGACGUCUCGGUGUACUUCAGCGAGCAGGAAUGGCAGAACCUGGACGAGGGGCAGAAGGAGCUGUACAAGGCCGUCAUGAGAAGCAACUACGAGAUGCUGGUCUCGCUGGACUACGCGGUUUCCAAGCCCGGGAUCCUGUCCCAGAUGGAGCAAGGGGAGGAGCUGUGCACCCAGGACCUGGAGGCCCUCGAGCGGAGGGAGGCGCCUCCGGACCCCAGCUGCAGGGGAGCCCCCGCCGUCGCUGUGGACGCUUCUUCCGGCAGUAGAGAAGCAGCCGGGGAGGAGGCGAAGCUGGUGGCCGACCUGGAGAGUUGCCGUGAAGCGGGCCUCGUCGAGAGGCCCGGCCUGGCCCUUCAGAUGUCCCAGCAUGACGUGGGGCUCCAGGUCAAGCAAGAACCAGAGGAAAUGCAGAUCAAGACAGAGCCCCUGUCGCCCGGCAGCCCCGACAGCGAGCCGUUCCUUCGCAUCUGCAUCAAGCAGGAGGAGGAAGAGGAGGAGGAGAGCCCGGACGAGCCGCAGGGUUUAGUUUCACUCGCCGCACACCAGAUGCUGCUGGAGCGCGAGGACCAGAAGCCGCGGCCCGCCCUGGGCCCGUGCGGGGAGCCCGUGCCGCCGAGCGCGCUGGAGGACCCCGAGCAGAAGGAGGCGUUCGCGCGGGGCUGCCUGGUCCAGUGCGGCAUGUGCAGCUUCAUCCACCAGGAGACGCUGGCCGACCACCAGUACAGCCGCAAGCGCAAGCUGCAGUGCACCGAGUGCAACCGCAGCUUCGCCUUCCAGGGGCAGCUGUCGCAGCACCUGCUCAGCCACGUGCGGGGGGCGCAGUUCCCCUGCGCCGAGUGCAACCUGUGCUUCUCCAGCCAGAAGGCGCUCGGCGUGCACGAGCGGGUGCACGCCGUGGACUGGCCGCUGCACUGCUCCGCCUGCAACCGCAGCUUCACGGACGCGGCGGCCUUCGAGCGGCACCAGCAGUCGCACGCCCCGGGCCAGGUGCGCCGCUGCCUGGAGUGCAACGUCUACUUCACGGACCCGGCGGCGCUGGCGGAGCACAAGCGCAUGCACUCGCAGGACUGGCCCUUCCGCUGCGCCCAGUGCGACCGCACCUUCGUGCACCAGGGGCUGCUGAUGGAGCACCUGCAGAACCACAGCCGGACGCGGAGCCGCCGGUGCCACAUCUGCGGCUCGUGGCUGUCCUACAAGGGGCUGCUGAAGCACAACCAGGCCCAGCUGUACCACUGCAAGAAGUGCAACACGGCCUGCCACGUCCAGGGGGCCGAGAAGGCCGGCGGGGGCGCGGGCAAGCCCGGCGAGGGCAGCUCCUAGGCGCCCCCGGCCUGGCUCUGGA